UAUAUUUAUAGUACAGCAACAGUUGCACACGAAUAAUGUCACAAGAACCAUUGCAGUAUUUGCCUCCGGAGAGAUGGGACGAGCUUCAAAAUGUCUUCAGAAAGGACUGGACCAGAGGAGUUUCUGGGUACACAGUGUUAGAUAAUCAAAGAAGAUGGAUGGCCCAAGGAAUUAAAUACGAUAUGCGAAUCUAUUGCCCUUUUGGUGAGGUCCAAAAUGGAAUGGUGGCGUUGAAUGAGAAGCAUUCAUUCUACGAGAUAAUAAUUCAGUGUCCGAGUGAUGACACUUCCAAACUAGCAACUGCAUUGAGAACAACCAAGCUAAUUGACUGGUCGAGAGCUAUCAAGGUUCCAUUCGCACCGUACCAUGUGAUCAAUAUGUUGAAAGAAGUGGUUCGUGAUGUCAAUGUGGAGAUAGAGCUUAUACUGCCUUCAGAUACGUUUAUGUUGGAUACUACAACUUUUUAUGACGUCAGCUUACCCGAUGGCAUCACCUUCAAGCUCCUGACAAAUGAAUACCUAGACCUGGUGGACUCCACGUGGCCUCAUCGCUACCCAACAUCAGCUUCGUACUUCGAACUCCUCAUCAACUUGAAGUGCGGUUACGGCCUUUAUAAGGACAGGACCUUACUAUCCUGGGUCCUUAUUAAUGAGUCAGGGAACCUGUUGCAUUUAUAUACUGCUGAAGGUCAUAGGCAGAAAGGUUAUGCUGAGCUGCUUUUGAAGUUAGUAAGCAAUGUCUUAAUAAAAGAGGGAAGAAUUGUGAAUGCUUAUUGUCUACUGGAUAACUAUAGCGCUUGUAAACUGUACAAAAAGGCAGGGUUUUAUAAUUCAGAAGAAAUUGCCUGGGUUUAUUUGAAGGCUAAAUAAAGUGGAUUUUGUAGUGAU